AUCGCCUUAUAACAGGAUAUCUCACUGGCGCGAAAAACGCACUGUGUGGCUUUCUGUAACACGUUGUGGGGCAGACCUUGUGCCUGCAGUUUCAGUCGGCUUUUAUACCUUUAACUUAAACAAAAGUGCACAUUGCGUCGAAAAAAGCGCGUCUGUGUAUCCAGCAACAACUCGGCCGUCUGAUCCCGGUGAACUCGCUGCUCUUUGCCUGCCGGGGGAUUUCCUAUGCCCUGGAUAUCGCUGUGGGAUUGUACGGAGAGCCGGUUGUAAAGGACGUUUCCAGAGACCACUGCUGUGAUUCGAUCAUUUCUGGGAAUAAACUCUAGAGGAUUUUAUUAACUGGGAAUAUGGAGUUCGACUGCUACCAGCACUAUUUCAUUGACGAUUUCGACAGAGAGGAGGAUUUUUACAAGUCGACCGCACCGAGUGAGGACAUAUGGAAAAAGUUCGAGCUGCUGCCCACCCCUCCCAUGUCUCCCACCCGGACUUUGAGCGGCGGUGCGCUGCACCUCUCGCCGGGAGACAAGCUCAGCUGGCUGUCCAAAGUCCUGGGUCAGGACCAGGAGUGCGAGGGUCAGUUCAUCCCGGACACGGAGGAGCUGUUCGGCAACCUCAGCUCCAUCAUCAUCCAGGACUGCAUGUGGAGUGGUUUCUCUGCCAGUAAGCAGCUGGAGAAGGUCAACGGGAGAGUGUCAGCUGCGGCACAGACCUGCGUGUCCCCGUUGGCCCAGAUCUCCGUGAGACCGAGCAAGGCGCAGUGCGUCUCACCCGCUGUCCCGCAUGUCGCCUCGGCCACAGACUGCGUCGACCCCACAGCUGUUUUCACCUUGCCGGCAAGCAGCUGCAGGAAGCCGGCGUCGUCUGGCUCCGAGUCUCGCUCUGAGUCCUCUGAUGAUGAAGAGGAAAUCGAUGUGGUUACUGUGGAGAGCAAGCAGAACCGGGUGCGGCCGGCGAAUGUCAGAAAGUCGGUGACCGUCACAGUCCGAGCUGAUCCCUGCCCUAAACGCUUCCACAUGUCUGUCCACCGGCAGCAGCACAAUUACGCCGCCCGCUCCCCAGACAGCGAGCCCGAUGAUGAUGAUGAUGACGAGGAUGAUGACGAGGAUGAAGACGAGGAUGAUGAGGAGGAGGAGGAGGAUGAGGAGGAAGAGCCUCAAAGCAAGCGUACCUGCACAUCAUCCAGUCAGUGGACCAACUCCUCGGCUAGUGUCUCCCAGCCGGGCUCCCCCUCUGAGAGUCCCCAAAACUCUGACCUAGAGGACACUGACCGCAGGCGGAAUCACAACUUCCUUGAGAGGAAGAGGAGGAACGAUCUCCGGUCCCGCUUUCUCGCUCUACGGGAUCAGAUCCCUGGCUUGGAGUCGGCCAAGACUCCAAAAGUGGCGAUCCUGACCCAGGCGACGGAGUUCCUGGCAGACCUGCACACCCGGGAGAAACGGCAGCUCCAGGAGAAGAAACGCCUCAAAACUCGACAACAGCAGCUUCUCCGCCGAGUAGCUGAACUGAAGCGUUCUUGAGACGCAUACUUUUAAUAUAAACUCAUUCUUCAGUCAGGAGCAUGACUCUCCAGUUACCUGUCACUUUUGGAAAGCUUUUCCAUAACAACAUGCCUCAUGUAAAUAGCUGUGAAUUUUUUUUUUGAUAUAGCUUUGGGCUUCUUGAAAUGACUGUGCUAGCCAAUGAACCUGAUACGGGGAGGAGCAGCAGUUAGUUUGCUGUGUUUGAUUUUUUUUGUUUUGAAAGUAUUUUAGUUAUGAAAAGUUUUUCUAGCUAACAUAUUUCCUGGUAUGCUGUGAUGGGGAAAUAAGAACUUAAUAGUUUAUCAGUGUAUAUCUGCAGCCUUCAGGCUGUGUGAUUUCGUGUGUCACACUUUUAAUUGAAUGAAGUGUGAAGGACUUUCUGUGUACAUAACAAGUGAAUGACUUCCUGGUUUGUUUGAAGUGAAUGAUGACUGAGUGUUUGAUGUACAAAUUGUUGUGUAAAUAAUAGCUUAUUGCUCCUGUUGAGGGAGACAAAAUCAAGAGUUGUCAACAACCUUUGCUCCUCUUUAUGACGUGCCACCAGGCAUUGAGGAACCUCUAUUUUGUUAAGAAAAUAGGAAAAAAAAAAGAAAGAAAGUAGCACUGCUGUACUUUAUAAUCACUUGUCACUUUGUGAUUUCAAUGCUUCUCCUGAUUUCUGUUGACUUUUAAGCAUGCUAACAUCGACAUUAAAUUUUUAUACCAUAUUUGCAUACACAA